AUGUUAUCUCGUUAUCUGUCACUCGUUGCUGGAGCCUCCAUUUUAUCGCUGGCUGCUUCCCAGGGUACUGUCAGUCUUGUGAUUUCGGCGCGGCCAACUCCUGGCGCAUCCGAUAUCAUCAGUCCUUCGUUCGCAGGCUUCGGGAUCGAACCGUCGAACCUAUUCUCCUUCACUGGAGGCCAAGAAGAGAAUGUUUUGUCCAAGAACUUGAUAGAGAAUUUGGCCAAUUACACAGGAACUCCACCACAUUUUCGAAUUGGGGGCAAUACACAGGACUACUUCAAAUGGGAUGCAAAUUACGAUGACUAUGCCUGGGAAAACAAUCCCAAUGCGGUUGGCCAGGGAGCGUUUGCUUCUGACCAUAUGAUCAUUGGACCCCGGUACUUUGAAGUAUUGAACCGCCUGCCCAGCAAUACCCCCAUCACGUUUGGUCUGAAUCUCGCGUACCAAGAAGACGAUUAUAUCGACCAGAUCACCACGAUGGCCACCCAGGCUAUCGAGAGACUGUCUGAUGUCAAUCUCGUAUCUUUUGAAAUUGGUAAUGAGCCUGACCUCUACGCGCAAAACGGAUUUCGCACUGGGGGAUGGGGUGGCCAGAUCUACACCCAACAGUGGUUAGAUCGUGCCAGUGCCAUAUGGGAGCAGGUACUACAACCCAGGGGAAUGCCUAGCAACUUCUUUGAGCCUGGUGCCACGGCUUCGACCAUUGGUACAAGCUUCCAGAUUGAGAAUUUGGAUCAAUUCGGCAUCACUACCCUUGCUAAUGAUUCUACCGAAUCUUACGUUGCAAGUUGGAAUCAACACGAUUACUACUACUACAUCGGGGUUUCAACCUAUCCUAUCACCCAAUACCACUUUAUGACCCUGUCAACGACUAAUGAUCAGUUUGGCGCUUGGGUCGAGCAAAUUCAACAGGCCCAUGAUACUGGAAUUCCUUACGCUCUUCGCGAGAUGGGUGUUGUUGGACCAAUUGGUCUGAACGAAAUUACUGACGUAUUUGGAGCUGCUCUGUGGGGAUUGAACUUCUUGCUAUAUGCAGCCACGCUCAACAUCACAAUGGUCGGCAUGCAUAUGACGGAUAACAGCAAUGCCAGUGCAUGGCAGCCAAUUAAUAUGUAUGGCAACGAACCUUACGUACGACCCAACUACUAUUCUUUCGUCGCCUUCGACCAGCUUAUCGGCCCAACAUGCCAAGCUCAGAUCGGUGGCUAUAUCCUGCAUGAUGCGCCAGACCAAUAUCAAGGACGCAGCGCUGCCUACUCGGUCUAUCAGGAUGGCACACUUGCGUCUGUUGUUUUGAUCAACUCAAAUCCCGCAAACGUCUCCGAAACCGAUAAGCCAAGUUUGACUUUUGACCUUACUCUCCCGACACAAUUCGCAGGACAAGAUCUUUAUCUCGCAUAUCUAACCAAUGAAGGUGCCGAUGCCUACCGCGGCACGACCUUCAAUGGCAUCAGCUAUGAGGAAAGUGGUGACGGGCUUCCCACGCGUGUGAACGAUACAGAACAUCGCGUCAGAAUCAACAACGAUGGAACGGUUUCAGUCGUUGUUCGAGAUACUGAGGCGAUCAUUGCCAACAUUGGUUCGCCGAUUGGUAACCUAGAACCCAAUCGAGCUGCCUGCGAGGCUCUAGCAAGUACCAGACAGGACGCACGGCCAGCUGCCACACCUGUUGGAACAAACACAGCAGAUGCGCCAGCAUCCUCUUCAACCCAGAGUAAUGCAGCGUCGAGGACCGGGAAUAGUGCCAGCCCAAGCAGCACUAACGGCAUGACGAGAUUGUCUACCAUGAUCAUGGCCACCCUUGGUUCUGCAUUUUUGAGCGGUAUUUGGCUAGUAAUGGCAUAG